AUGCUGUCCUUGGCUAAUCCGUCUGCGUUAUCUCCAGAGACAAAAAAAUUGGUCCAGCAACAGUUGGUUUUUCUGAUCCAUGCUAAUGCCUGCAUGAAGAAAAGUACAACUGGUACCGCGACUGGACAAAAUCCAAUUGGCCCGCCAUGCGAUCUGCCACACUGCCAGAACUUCAAGCACAUUCUUGGACACAUGAAAACUUGUCGAGCUGGACCCUUGUGCUCAGCCCAAUACUGCAACUCGUCUCGUGUGAUUCUCAAACACUGGACUUCUUGCACCAACGAGUCAUGUACCAUCUGUUCUACCAUCCGACAUUGUCAAACAUAA